AUGUCGAACUUCGUACACAAAGUCAAGGACGCCAUAACUGACCACGAUAAACCCGUGACUCGCAGUCAGGCUCAUCCCUCCGACGAUCGUACCCACAGCGCAGGAAACCCUUUCACACCCAGCUACAACAAUCGCCAGAACGCUCCCAGAAUGGACAACCCUGUUAAUAGGGACCCUAACUUCAACCGCACGGAUGAUGGUAGUGGUAGUCUUGCUUCCAAUCCCAAGAGCCAGGAUAAUCAGUACACAAACUAUCCAACCAGUACUGUAACGGAGAGCCAGCCCAGCUCUUAUAAUCGCAACACUUCCUCCUCGGUGCCUGAAGAUAGCUCCUCCAGUGCUAGCUCUGACGACAUAAACGCCGGUCCUCACAGUUCAAAGGUUGCCAAUAAAUUGGAUCCGCGCGUUGAUAGUGAUUUAGGCACUGGCACAGGCACCCAGAACCUGAAUCCGAGUAACAUGCAAGCUCAAAAGCAGCAAUCCCAGAAUCAGGGCAUGAAUCCAAGCAACAUGCCAGCUCAAAAGCAGCAAUUCCAGAAUCAGGGCAUGAAUCCAAGCAACAUGCCAGCUCAGCAGCAACAGCAACCUUUCACCCAAGGCCAAGGCCAAGGCCAAGGUCUGGACAACCAUACCUCAACCGAAGACAAUUUCAACAAAUCAACGCAGGAACAUCAUUCCCAGCAGCGUCAACCUGGCUUCAAUAGCAAUCCCAACCUUGGCCAGAUGGGUGAAAACCAGGAAGAAAAUUUCAGCACCUCAACCCAGGAAAAUAAGUCCCAUAAAUCCACUAGCCACGUCGCUCCCUGCACAACCGCGGGAGGCGCUGGUGCUGGUGCUGGUGAGCCGAUGGCUCAGAACACUGCCAAUACCGCUCAGCCUCUCGACAAUUCCGGUUUUGGUGGUAAUGCAGCAGCUGGCGGUAGUAGUAAUUUGAACAUGGGCGCGGGCGCGGGCGCGCCGCAAGAUCUACAAGGAAAAGCACAAGCACUAGGACAAGGACAAGGACAAGGACUAGGACACGGACAAGGACAGGGAGAGUAUACGACUCCACGUCAGAAAUUCAAUGCCGACGCCAAUCGUCCGGCUCAGCAGGAAAGUAUUUCUCGUGAUCAGCGCGGUGGAUUCUAG